GUGUGUGUGUGUGUGUGUGUGUGUGUCCCCGUCCGUCCGUCCGUCCGUCCGUUCCACUCGAGCCUCCGUCGUGACGUCAUUUACAAGGGACUCGCUAACAUCUUGCUUUAUUUGUCCGAUUAGCCGGGGUCUCCGUUACACGUUCAAUUUGACUUUAUUCCCCUUAUAUACUAGGAGACACCGUUAGCUUAUGCUAAGUAGUUUUUAUGUAUCGACACCCGAGUUUAAAAUAUGGCAGUCCAACAAGAAGCCCGAAGUAAGCCAUAUUAGCCAGCUAAGCUACCUUCUAGCUAACAACACGAUAGCUUGCUAACACCGCUUGCGCUUGUUGCUGCUGUUGUUGCUGCCUACUUUCGAGUCAAGUUUUUCUUGUGGCUGUAACGUAAUCCAGCAAUUCAAGACAAAGUUGCCGAGUUGUCAGUUAGUAACCCCAUGUUUGUCCGACCCCUGAGUGCAUUGGGCUCUGCUCCAGCUGCUGCUGCUGUUUGGAGACAGUGGUACUGGAGAAGUACAUCUCCAUUCAUCACCACCAGAAACCCCUUCACUUCCCCCAGACCUUUCUGUCCCUUCCCCUGGACUGAGCUGCCCAGCACUGAUCACCAAAGACACCUCCAUCUCUCAGCUGGUCUGAUGAAACACCCAGAUUCAGAGCCUCCUGCUAAAAGGAGAAGGAGUUUGGAGUACGAGCACACAGGUGAAGACGUGCAGCACGGCUCUAAACGCCCAGCUUCACGAGAGAGAAGAGAGUCCGUUCCUCCUGCAUGGCUGCAUGACGUUCCUGAUGUUCUGCGUCCUCCGAGGGAAAAUUCACCAAGCCUCGUUAAAUCAGAGUUAAAGAGGCAGUGGGAGGACCUUACCGAAAGCCGUGUAAGCAGAAGCGACGGUCCCUUCGAUUUCUCCGUGAUGUCCUACAAUAUUCUUUCUCAAGAACUGCUUCUCAGCAAUCCUUACCUUUAUAAACACUGUCACCCUCAUGUGUUGGGGUGGCGUCAUCGGUUCUCCAAAAUCAUACAGGAGCUGGAGCAGCACGCUGCAGAUAUAAUGUGUCUGCAGGAGGUACAAGAGGAUCAUUAUCAGAAGCAGAUCAAACCCAGUUUAGAACAUUUAGGCUACCACUGUGAGUACAAACGCCGGACUGGCCGCAAGCUGGACGGCUGCAUGGUAGCUUUCAAAAAGUCUCGCUUCACACUCUCCUCUUCUCAACCUGUGGAGUUUUUCCGACAUGGAAUCCCCAUCCUGGACCGGGAUAACGUGGGACUGAUUCUGGUACUUAAACCCGUCGACACAUCACAGUCAGAACACAAAGUCUGCGUGGUCACCACUCACCUUCUGUACAACCCGCGUCGUGGUGACAUCAAGCUGGCACAGCUGGCACUGCUGCUGGCCGAGACCAAUCGCAUAGCACGGCAGGAGGACGGCACGACCUGCCCAAUACUGCUGUGUGGUGACUUUAACUCGGUGCCUGCAAGUCCUCUCUACACCUUCAUCACAGACAGUAAGCUGCAGUAUGCAGGCAUUCCCAUCGGGAAGGUAUCAGGACAGGAAGAAAGCCCUCGAGGACAGCGAAUCCUCACCUCACCCUUGUGGCCCUCUAGCCUCGGGAUCUCCCACAUGUGCCAGUAUGAAGGCCAAGCUAAGGAUCCCGAUGCGAAGAAACCAAAAAAAAGCAAGAACAAAUCCAGCAUCGAACACGUUCUUAAGCUGACCUCGGUGUACUCUCACUACCUGAAAGAGAGCGGCCAUCGAGAAAUCACCACCUGCCACUCACGCACAGCCAUUACUGUCGAUUACAUCUUCUAUUCGCCAGCACAGAGGGACGAGUCCAGCUCGAUGGAAUGCAGUGCUGCACCACAGCGAGGCCUGCAGCUGUUGUCCAGGCUGGCCCUGGUCAGCGAGGCCGAGCUGAAGGAAGUGAACGGUCUGCCCAAUCAGCACCACUCGUCCGAUCACCUCCCUCUCGUCGCCCGCUUCCGCCUGCACUCCUGAGCCUCAAGGCUUCACGAUGCCGCGUCACAAACGUGCAUGUUGCAGACAGGAGACAAACUACACGAACAGGUUCUAUGCCAGUCACUUCAUCUCGCAGUCAGAACACGUUCGCUUCUGAUUUUUACCACCGACACGGACGAGUAAGUGAUGAGCGACGACGGAAACACAACUGUACUUUUGUUAUUACCGGAAUUUCUUUUAAAUUUUCCCAUUUAUUAAUAUCUGAUUUUAUUAAAGAUUACUUGAUAAUUUAUUAAACAUGAA